AUGGCGAAACUCAGCAGAGUCUGCGUCCUCCUCCUGCUCCUCGCCGCGCUGUGCUGCCAGAGCCUGGCCCAGAGAGCCCCGGCCGUGCCAGACAAGUGCUGCUUCAACUUCCAGAUGAGAAGGAUCAAGAGAGACAACAUCGUGGACUGCUACCGCACCAGCCCUGAGUGCCCGCACCAGGCGGUGAUCUUCAGGGUGAGGAGCGGGAAGGAGAUCUGCGCCCAGGCGAGCAGGGCCUGGGUGAAAAGGUACCAGCAGAGCUUCCCAGUCAGCUCCUUCUCCAUCCCCAGUUAG